CGCCGGCAUUUCAGAGGUUCUUACUGCCUCCAUCAUCACCCUGAAUAUCAAGAAAUUAAAAUAAUAAGCGAAAAUAUAUUUGAGCGACACCAAACUCGUGUUACGUUCCGUGUUGGGGGGGGGGGUUCAAACUUAUCUGGAGCGCAUGGCUCAGUCACUGGCCAAGCUCCGAGCAGGGUGGACGUUAUGCGGCAGCGAGGCAGCGCAUCAUGUCGCACAUAGCAGAGCCAGGAUGUUCAAGUCUCGGAGCAACAAGAAACUGGCCGGGCAGCGAUCCCGUGUUCUACGAGAACGCGCCAACCUCAGCUUCUUCAUCGUCGUCAUGUUCUUCGCCGUGUUCGGGGCCAUCGUGCUCACAGAGAUCUUUCUCAUCGACGAUAGGGGGCGAGGCACCGGCGUGCUUGUGCGACACGGGGGGCGGCGCCGAGGGGACAAGCCAGACUACGAGGACGACGCACAGCCUCUCCUCCAGGGGGAAGAUUACCUGGUGUACCGGGGAGCUGGUUUCGACUACAAUUUCGGAGUGUUCGUUCGCGAAGACCACGGAGGAGUCAUUGGCAGCGACUCAAAAGCCGGGGCCCGCAUACCGCCUGCGGGUCGUAAGACAGGCGUGCUGUCGGAUUCCUUCAAGGUUAACCAAGAAAGAAACAGUGCGGCGAAGAGUGGGGUUCCCGCGGGAGUUGAGUCCAAACUGCCUGGAAACAGCAUUAUUGCCAAGGACGGAGUGUGGCAGAUUGUUUCCGGCACAAGGUUCAAGUUCUUUGUGUUCUCUGCCUUCUAUGACCAGCGUGAGGAACGCAGUAUACGUAUAGUGGGGGCCACCAAGACACGGGGUCCUGAACAGGUGUGGUGCAGACUGUGGUACGGAAACAACACUAGUACCACACAUUCUGUGUCUGUUGCAGCUAAAGUCAAGGUCAUAAGGGAGAACUGGAACCUCAAGUACAGUGCAUGCUUUAUCCUGUGUCCCCUGGAUCAGAACCUGUCUGUGCCUCAGAGUGUAUCCAUUGUUAGUCGACUGCGACUUCCACCAGCCAACCAUAUGCUGGUCCGCAAUCAGACUGGGACCCUGACCUCAGGAACAUUUCUGCAGGCAUUCUGUGUAAAACCUAUCCAUUUCAACUACAACCAGGCACUGCAGAUGCUGGAGUUCCUGGAGCUGAACUCAGUUCUUGGGGUGCAUCACUUUACAUUGUACAAUGACACAGUGGGACCUCAAGUGGGAUGCAUCCUAGAGGAUUAUAUGGCCCAUGGGAUUGUCACUCUAUUGCCCUGGCAACUGAACAUGGUCUCCCAGAAAGAGAUACGUACAGAGGGCUUGUUUGCAGCUCUCAAUGAUUGUCUGUACCGUAGCAUGUAUCGAUACUCACAUGCUGCCCUGGUGGACCUGGAUGAAUACAUCAUACCUCGGCACAAUGACACGCUUCCACAGCUUGUCGAGUGGCUGGGGACACGACUUAACACCAGAACAACUGGAUCAUACUCAUUCCAGAAUGCAUUCUUUUACCUCCAAUGGGAAGAUGAUCCCAGUAUUGUCAAAUCCACAGAUGCAACAGAGAUAGGGCUCAUGACAUUACGCAAGACUCGUCGGAGAAGCAAGCUGCAUCCACAUAAACAGCGCUCCAAGUAUCUGUGUAGGCCUGAGUUCGUGGUUGAGGCAGGCAAUCACUUCAUCUGGGAGUUUGUUCCAGGUCAUGGGACGCUUAAUGUGCCCCCUGAUGCUGCCAUCCUGCAUCACUAUCGGGUGUGUGAGUUUGGAGGCAAUGACUGUAUCAAGACUGCAUCUAUCGUGGAUCGAACAGCACACCGUUACAAAGAUAGGUUGGUGAGCCGUGUCAAGUCCAAGUGGCAGGAACUUAAAGUGAAGUGUAACUUGCCAGAACUUCCAUAUCAUCAGACUGUGCCCCCAGUUGACAUACCAACUAACAAUAACACAAAAUCAAAACUCCAACUUGUGAAAGCUGUGAUGAAACAGAGCUAGCAAUAGUGAUAAUGUCAGACUAGCUUUAUGUUUCAAGUGCAAAUAAAUGGCACAGUGUUACAUGUGUCACACAAUCACAGAUGUCCCUCACAUUCUUAUGUGUAUUUACUCUAAAGUGAUAUGAAUACAGAGAAAAGGCAUGAGAUAAGCAAGUGGUCAUCUCUAGCUUUACACUUAUGAACUUGAGAACCAGCUACUUUCCAUGUUAAGGGCCUGUAGGAACACAUGCUCCAGGACCUAAAGGUGCUGCAUUUAUAUUUUCAUCUUAGUAUGGCAGAAAUGUGAUUUGUCACUAUAGAAAGUUUAUAAAAUUAAUAUAAAAUGAACACAGUUUGUACAUCUUUUUCCUUUCAGAAAAUAUAUACUUUCUCAUCACCUGGAGGCACUCUAACUGGCUGUUAGCUAAACCGCUGGGAUUCCAUUCCCAGCAGGGGCACCAAGUCCAUAUCAGCUAUUGGGCACAUACAGUCUGUGUGAUUCUUUACCAGGAAUACAGCAUGGAAGUAAUUACCCACUUACUUCUUCAAUGCAUGGAGCUUUGUGGCUUGGUGCUUAGGCAAGGAGCUACAUCUGCCUUCAAUAUUUAUGCCAUACCAACUCAACAAAAUGCAUCUGUGUCCAUUUCAUUGUUUUAUCUCUGAAAGUACUUGGUAGAUUUGUAUAUAAUUCAGCUGGGGUUUCACACUUACAACUGUUGGAAAAAUGUAAUUUUGGUUUAAUGCUUGUCCAUUACAGUCCGUGCAUAAUAUAGAACCCAAACUGAAUUUCAUAUCUUACAUAAAGGUUUAUCAUAUACAGAAUUAGUACAUGAAACAGUGGUAAAACCUGGUAUAGAAGUCAGGUCAUGCAGAAAUGCAAUGUUAUUAAAUUCUCCAACAAUCAAGCCACAAUGCUAAGGUAUAUUAAGAAUAAUAACAAUAUUAUUAUUAUCUUUAUGUCAUUUAUAAAUUAUAUUAUUUUUAUUGUACUGUUGUUUUGGUUCUUGGAUGUAAUUGGCCUUGUUUGGCUGUUGUCAAGCACAUGAAUAAAUUCGAUAAAUUGUUAUUAUUAUUAUGCCACUAUUGUGUUAUGUAGCAAAACGUUUAUUUUAUAUUCCUGCAAUUUUAGUGGUCUGGUGGCACACUACUAACCAUACCAGAGAAUUCACCACUGACAUGACUUAUCAUUAAGAUCUGAAACUUUUACUUGAAACAUUUUCCAAUACAGUGAACAUUUAUGAAAUACAACAAAGUUUGUUACCAACAGAAUUGUAUGUUGCUCUAAUAAUGUGAAUUUCUGCCAUAAAAUUUCAGCAUAUAAUGGAUAAUACAAAAAAUAUAUGAAGAAAAUAACUUGUAACUGCAAUAAAUAAACAACAGCAGCAUAGUACUGCAAGUACACAAUGAUUGCAUGUGGUUAAUAAGCAUACUCAAUUGGAGUACAUCGUUCUAACGUAAGUUCAAUGCUGUCUCCACUCAAUCAUCUGCUAAUAAAAUCAGUAGUAUGGACAGAACUUUCCAUGGUCUUAUGUUUAAAGCAUGUGUUCUGUUAGAUCCUUAAUAUUUAACCUGAUGCUCUCAAGAGUAUUGAAUAACAAGUUUAAAUGUUUUUGUUUUUAGUUUUUCACUUGCAUUAUUAUUCGUAGAACAGCAACAAUGGUGGCAUCUGUGGUUGUAUUUCCAAUUUUUAAAGAACUAUAACAUUGAUUUGUAACAACAUAGUUUGUGAGAAACUCGUUUUAUCUUCCUUUUGUGAAAUGAAUUAUGUAUGUGAAAACGUUACAACAUUAUAUCAAAAUGUGGAACACCAAGUGCAGUGACAUCCACGCCUUGUAUCAGCUACACAUGCAGUGUGAUUUCAUUGUCACGCAUUAGUUACUGUUGACCUCUCUCUAGCUUCUCUCAGUGCACAUCGUCCUAGGCUGUUGGCACUACAGGAAUCACCUUUUAAAUGUUCUAGGUUUGAAUCUCAGCUCAAAACUGGAAAUUCUGGAAUUCUUUAUGGUUUUUGUUAGUGCCUCUGGUCAAAUGUCUGAAUAAUACAGUAUCUCUAAAUAAGCCAUGACUGCUUUCUGCCAUAAUUAUCCCAGUUCAGUUUCCACACUAAUCAUUCAGUGCUAAAUAGUAUGUGUAGCAAAGAAAGCAUUAUCAAUCCAUUAAUCCUUAGACAUUACUAAAUGACAUAUUCAUGAAGUUCCAGGCAGAAACAUUUUCUCAAAUCCGGUCAGCUGAAUAUAAGGGAUUCUUCCCUUAUAUUCAGCUGCCUUCAAAAUACUGUCCCCUAGCAGAUGCACAUUUUGGUCAGUAAUUUUACAAUUUCUUGAAACAUUCCAGAAGUUACAACAUGCAGCCAUUUAAAACACAAUUUUUUUUAAGUAAUUGCUCAUUCAGACAAUGUAUAGAAUAAUAUAAAUGUUAUAUCAAGGCCUAAGUUUUAUCUUUGCCAGAUUUAUGGUUAUCAAAUGAUGGAGGAUUAGAUGGGUGGGACAUGUAGCAUGGUUGUGGAAAUAAUUAAUGCAUGUACAAUUUUAGUCAGAAAACUUGGGAGACCUAGGCAUAGAUGGAAAGAUAAUAUUGGAAUAAUGACUAUCAGCUUCUCAAGAUGGACUCUGUUGAAUGAGGUCAGUUAAUCAAGGCCUAAGUCACUGCUUAUGGUAAAAUUGUGUCAGUGUACAGAACACAUGUGCAUGAAUGAGGGUGAAUCUUCCUACUUGUCAUACUAUGACACAAGGGGAGAAACUUUGUCUUCUUUUUGAGUGAAAAAUACACGGUGAGAGUCUGGAAAUAUACUGAAACCUGAGAGAGCAACAUGAGAAGAGGUCUCAGUUCAGAUAUAAUUUUGUUAUAAAUAAUGUGAUUUAUUUAAAUAUUGUAUAAAAAUAUCAAACAAAUUUCAUUGUAGCAGUCAUACCAACUCUGCCUACAGUUCACUCUAGUGUAUCUGACCUGUUUAUUGUUAGGCAGAGGACACACAGACACAGGGAAUAUGAGAAUCAAAGACUUGUUCUGUUAUGAGAUACAAGAUGUAAUUACAGAAUUAAAUAUUUCUGUGUUAUAGUAUUCAGUAUGCAUGCAGGAUCAGUAAGCUCACUUCCAUUGCAAUAAUAAUGGCAGCUCUGCAAUUUUUCAGAUUUGCUCAAAUAUUGUGACACAUUAUGUGAUUAAUGCAGUGGAUGCUUAUUGUGACAAAUGGGAAGGAGUUCAACAGGUGUUGACUGGAAAAGUAUUUUAGAUGUUAUUUCCAUUUACAGAAAAGAUAAAUAACUACUGAUGUUUCUACUGGAUAUCAAUAUUUCACAAGCUUAAACUGAUUUUACAGAUACUUAAAAACCUGUGCUUUUUAUCUGGAAUGAAAAGUGCUCAUAUUCAGAGUGAGAAAUGGGUGGGAAGGGUUACUCUUGUGACUUUGGGAAGAACACCCUUAAAAUACUGAAAAUGGCAAUUAUUAAUUUAAUAUUUGAAAUCACUAGCAUGGCUACAUAUGUACCACAAUUUCUUGAUUUAAAGUGUGUCAUUCACUCUGGAAUACUGAUUUUUUUUUAUGAAACAGUUGCAGGCACAAACAGGAAACAACUCGUGUAUGCAAGUAUAAUACUGUAAAACAAAUACACUAAAAAUAUUUA